AUGGAAAUUGCUAAAGGUAGUAUUGAUGAAUACGAGCAUUUAUUGAACAAUGUGAUGUAUGUUGUUAGUAACAUUCCAGGUAAAGGAAUUGAUAUUGAUGAUUUUGAAUCUGUAUUUUUAAAUGGAUGUUCAUGUGAAGAAAUGCAAUGCAAUGAUAUGUGUUCAUGUGUAAGAAAUAAAGUCAAUUAUAUUGACAAUUUAUUAUUAAAUGACGAAAAAUUAAAUGAUUUAAUAUUUGAAUGUAAUUCAGCAUGUUCAUGUUUUAAUAAUAGCAAUUGCAAUAAUAGAAUUGUUCAAAAUGGUCCAUUAAAUUGUUUAAAAAUAAUUAAUAAUAAUAAAGGUUUUGGUUUAAUAACAAAUAGUAAUAUUAAAAAAAAUCAAUUUAUUUGCGAAUAUGCUGGUGAAGUAAUUGGUAUUGAUGAAGCUAAAUUUAGAGAUAAAAAUAAUAAAAUAAAUAAAGAGAUGAAUUAUAUUCUUGUUGUUACAGAAAAUAUUGGUGAUAGAAAAAUAAUAACUUGUAUUGAUCCAAAAUAUUUUGGUAAUAUUGGACGUUAUUGUAAUCAUAGUUGUCAGCCAAAUGCAAAUUUAGUGCCUGUUCGUGUUGAUAAUUUAAUUCCACGUUUAUGUUUAUUUGCAUCAAGAGAUAUUAUUGUUAAUGAAGAAAUAACAUUUGAUUAUGCUGGUGGUCUUGAUAAAAAUAUUAAUAAUAUUAGUGAGACACCAUGUCUUUGUGGCUCUGAUAAUUGUUUAGGAUUUUUGCCUCAUCAUUCAAUUUAAUAUUGAAUUUUAUUAUUUUUUCUUUUCAAUUUACUAUUUAUUAUUUACGUAUUUUUAUUAAAUUGUUUUUGCUAUUUUUUAAAGCUAGAAUAUUAAGCUAAUUAUUUUAUCAUGUGCUGUAUCACUUGGUGAUUAUCAUGCAUCAACGAAAAAAGAAAGAAAAAAAAAUAAAACUA